AUGAGUGCAGAGCUCUGCUCGACUUCGGUAAUUCAUUCAUCAUCUCCAGAAAUGCCUCUUAAGGCAAGCUGUGAUAUUUUCUCCCCUGCCUCCUAUCCGAAGACAGCAUCAUGGACGAAAGCCGCAGAUUGCUGUCUGUGGGAUGGGGUGGCCUGUGAUGGAGCGACGAGAGAAGUGAUUGGCCUUCAUCUGAGUUGCAGCUGGCUUCAAGGAACCCUCCAUUCUAACAGCACCCUUUUUUCGCUUCGCAGUCUUUGGAAACUCAACCUUGCUGGAAAAGAUUUUGGUGGCUCUCAAAUUUCAUCCAGAUUGCUUAUAAAUAUAAGGAGGGGGCAGCAGAACGAAGAGGAGAAGACCGCACGAUCAGACACCCGAGUUUUCCAGACAUUAUCACCUGGCGCCCUAUGUGGGAACCAUGAGCAGCUCAGGAUCUUGGACCUUUCAUCGAGCAACCUGAGUGGUGCCCUAGAGUUCGAAACAAUGUUCUCGAAGCUCAAAAAUGGCAUACUCCUCUGGCUCCCAUCAAAGUUGCGACUGCUAGUGCAAAACAAUGGGAACUGCUCCUUCCCAAAUCUCGACAUAAACAUGAUUGAGGGGCAGAUUCCUCAAUGGUUAUUUAGCAUAGGGAUUGAUACCUUGGAGUUCUUAGUUCUAUCUGAUAACAAGAUUACCGGAGUCAUGUCCCAAUUCCCUUGGAAUUGUAUAGAUUUCGCUCUCCUUAGUGGAGACUUCCUGGAGGGACCGCUCCCAGCCCUGCCACCUACAACUUACUUAUCUGAUGUCUCAAACAACAAAAUCUCCGGAGACAUCCCAUCUUCAUUUUGUGGAGUAAGUUCAUUAAGAGAUCUGGUUCUGUCAAAUAACAAUCUCAGCGGCACCGUUCGGGAAUGUUUUGGGAAUUUGACUAAUCUGGGGCGGUUGAAUUUGGGCGGCAAUCAGCUAGAGGGUCCAUUGCCGAGAUCUCUUGCAAACUGUACAAUAUUAGUAGAUGUAGAUAUCAGCAAAAAUGAAAUUUCUGACACUUUUCCAUACUGGCUGAUUAUCCGUGUUGAGAUCUCGAUCAUUGAUUUAUCAAAUAAUGGUUGCAAAGGUCCCGUACCAAUUCCACCCCCGGCAAUUGGUUUCUAUCCUGUGUCUGGAAAUGAGUUUAUGGGUGAGAUUACGUCUUCAAUCCGCAAUGCUACUGGUCUUGAGGUCAUCAACUUGUCUAACAACAGCCUGAGUGGCACCAUCCCUAGUGUCUUGCAAAUUCCAAUACCAGUCUAUUAG